AUGACGACGCCUGCCGAGAUCACCGCCGAGACUCCGCUCUCCUCCCUGACAGACGCCCAGCGCGCACAGCUGGGGCAAGCGGCGCGUGAAGAGUCAACGCGCCAUCAGCCGCUGCUUGCGCCGCAAGAGUCGCUCGAUGCCCUCGAGCAAGAGUAUGAGAAGGGCGGCAACGACGAGUUUGCACGCAAGGUCAAGUGGCUCAGAGAGUGCGGCGGCUUCGUCGGUGAGUUUGGCUUUGCCCGUUCCCUUCUGAUUGUUUUUUUGUGCCCGGCAAGAUGGGCAAGAGGAGGAUGAUGAUGAUGAUGAGAGACGGGCGUGCGAGGAACGAUUUGGUGCGCAAGGCACAAGUGAAGAGCAGCAAGGCGGGCCACCUUGCGCGAUGCGGCGCGGAGGGGCAAAGCAAGGCGUUUGGCUGCCCGGAAAGGCGGAGCAGGGGGCUGGGGGAGCGUCGGCGGGCAGGCAGCGCACAG